CUACCCGGUCCAGAGUCUUACUUCAGGGCUAAUGGGUGAACCGGUAUUAUUUGGGAGAGAGGGUCCUCGAGAUCCGUACUGCCACAGCCCAGAGGCGAGUGCCUAUUGCUCCCCCUCGCCACAUGUGUACCUUAGAUGGGAUGACACCGGAGGACAGGUUCCUGGAGUAUGGUGGCUUCCCAGCUGAUGAUUACCUGGUGCCUGGCGAUUAUGCCUCCUAUCUCUCCACUCAGCUGAGGACCAGACUUCCAGAUGUCUGAGAGUACUCUCAGGAUAGGACGAGGCAUCGGACUCCUACUUUCUAUGAGGUGCAGGCUGAGGUUGGUGCUCCUACCGAGCCUACAGGUGUUGUGCUAGGUGAUAUCCCUUUCCCUCCGAGCAUGGAGGUUACCUUGGAUCCUUCUCUAGGGCUUAGACCGACCCUUGCUAUUCCUAUUGAUCUCAGACAGGCUCCGCCACAACUACAGCUGGAUCUUGAGCAUGCCACACAUAGGUAUCAGGAGCUAUACCAGAGGUUCUGCUUCGCUCGAACCUACAUCGCCAGAUUGUAUCCGGAGCGCCACGAGAUGGAGUUAGAGAUUGGCAGGCUACGGAGACAUCAGGCUCGUCAGGUCGCUGCUGUUUCCCGUCUCCAGAUGGAGAAUGACAGGCUUCGCACUAGACUGGAGGUUGAGGGGAUUCCUUUAGAUCCCUCAAAUGAAGGGGAGGAUGAUGAUGAUGAUUCUUCGUCUGACGAUGCUCCACCACUUCCACCAUCUUCUGUCAGGCAGGCGGCAGUUGGUCCUAGCCGGAGAUGACGUUAGGCUUCUCUCAAUUUUUGAUUGCAUUUUUUUUUAUAUUUUGUAGCUCCCUUGAGCACGUUACAGUAUUUUGUACAUUUCUUUUACAUUAUUAUUUACAUUUCUUUUGAGACUUUA